GCCCACGCCUCUGUGCUGGCAGUUAAAGGGUCACAUAAGCUGCGUUUCCACAGAGAGGCUCCACAACAGUUACUGCUCAUCAUUCAUUCUUCAAGUCAUCAAAGAGGGAGAGAGUAUUAGCAACGGGAGAGCAGCUGGGAGGCUGCCGUUAAGGGAUCAGCCAUGCUUGGAGGCAUCCGCACAGAUUUGUUGGUCACAGUGACUCUACUGCUUCUAACUCAGACAGGGACUCAGUGCAGGGCUGAAGUAGACUUUUCACUGGUUACUUUACCAGACUGGAGUCCAAAUGCAGAUUAUGUUUCACAGUGUUUCUACGACAGACAGAACAAUUUUAUUUGUGAUUGGACCCAAUGGAAAUCAGAGGAUUUCGUAGCGACUAUUUUAGAGAGUGGCCCUCUGGGACUGGAGGGCGAAGCCUGUCUUGAGUUUUGGUACAUAUCGCCAGUUGUAACUGAUGGGUCAGAACUUCGAGUUCUGCUGAGAAGCAGCGCUGGUCUGAAAGAAAUCUGGACUCUUACUGCCCUCCCGAGGGAUUCAUGGAGACAGGUGUUUGUCCCCUUGAACGUCAUUGAACCAGGCACUCAGGUUGUAGUCGAAGCAGUAUCCACAAGCGGACAGUUCGCAUUUAACCUGAUGGGUGUGAGGAGAGGCCAAUGUGGACCCCAGUGUGAAUCUAACACAGAGUUAUGGACAGAUGAGUCCACCCGUUGCCUCUGUUCCAGCGGCCAGCUCUCCUGCUCUCCCUCUCAGUGCCCUGAGGGCCAAAUCUGUGGUCCUCAAACAGGAAGCUCCAGAGGGAUUUCCACCUCUGGGACGUGCACGAUCCACAGUCACACAGACUGCAGCACUUUUGAUGGAGUGCUGUUCCGCUUCAUGGCCCCCUGCACCUACACGCUGGCUAAGACCUGCUCACCCUCCGAGGCCCUGCCCAUGUUCAGUGUGGAAGUGGUCAAUGAGCAGAACUGGAACUCAUCUCUGCCGACUGUUCAGCAGGUCGUUGUGAAUGUGGGGAAAUUCAGAGUGUCCCUGCUGAGAAGGCAGACACACCGAGUUGUGGUUAAUGGGGUCUGGAGGAAGCUUCCACUGAGCCUCAGCAGUGGCACAAUCAACAUCAAGAGCAACCCUGCUGCUGUUGAACUGGAAACCAGCUUCGGUCUGUCUGUCUCAUUUGACAACGCUGGUGCUGUCCAUGUCAAACUGCCGUCCACCUACUCUGAUAAAGUCUGUGGCUUGUGUGGGAACUUUAACCACCUCAGAAGAGAUGACUUCAGAAAGCCUGAUGGAACAAAUGCCCAAGAUGCUACAGCUUUGGCCAAGAGCUGGCAAACGGAGGAAAACACCUCCUCCUGUGAAACCAUUCUAGUACCCCAUCAGUGUGACCCACAGGAGGAAGCUGAGUAUGCCAGUGAGCUGUACUGUGGAGGCCUCCUCUCUAGCACUGGGCCCUUCGCUGGCUGCCUAGCCGUUCUGGGGGCGGAGAGCUACUUCAGGGGCUGUGUGGUUGACAUGUGCACUGCUCAUGGUGACCCAGCGGCGCUAUGUGAGACAUUACAGGUCUACGCCGAUAUCUGCCAGGAGGCUGGAGUCGCAGUACCCGUAUGGAGGAACUCUACAUUCUGCCCCCUUCAGUGUGGUGAGAACAGCCACUAUAACUCGUGUGCUGAUGGCUGUCCCGAUGUAUGCUCCGUUCUGGAUAUAGUCGGUUCCUGUGGAGGCUGUGACGAAAGAUGCGAGUGUGACUCUGGCUUCAAACUUAGUGGGGGAAAGUGUGUCCCCGCAGAGGACUGUGGGUGCUGGUACAGUGGAAAACACUAUGAGAAAGGAGCAACAUUCUCCGAGGGAGAGUGUGUGCAGCAGUGCCAGUGCAUGGGUAACAAUGAAGUGCAGUGCACCAGAAUGCAAUGCGCAAACCAUGAGGUUUGUAAGGUCAAGGAUGGGGUCAAAGGCUGCUUCCCUUUCAAACCUGCCACCUGCAGCGUGUACGGUGAUCCACACUACAUCACCUUUGAUGGCAUGGCUUAUGAUUUCCAAGGUGGCUGCAGUUACACGCUGACUACCACGUGUGGAGGUCAAAGCUCAGUCCAGUUCACUGUGAUCGGACACAACAUGCAUCCUCCCAUUCAAAACUUCACCCGCUCCAAGCUGGAAGCUGUGACCCUUAAGGUUGAGGAUCUGUACCUCACUCUGAAUCAGAGCGGAGAGGUCUAUGUGAAAAACAGACCUGUCCUACUCCCCUAUUUCACCAAUGGUACAUACGGCUCAGUUUGGGUCGACCUGAAGAAGAAUUAUAUUGUCAUGGAGACAACAUUUGGGCUCAGAAUUACGAUAGACACACAGAACAGACUGUUCCUGCAGGUGGAUGAACGCUACAAGUAUGAACUGUGCGGACUGUGCGGCACCUACUCUGAUCGUCAGGAUGAUGACUUCGUAGCACCAGAAGGCCAAAAUGCUACUGGGCCAUUUGAGUUUGGUGACAGCUGGAGGGUGCCAGGCGAUGAUGAGUGUGUUUCCCAUCCAAAUGAUCCCAGACUCUGUGACUAUGACCAGGAGAAUGAGGCCUACAAUGAGUGCUACACCAUUUUAGGGGAUGCCUUCAAGCCCUGCCAUGAAUCCAUUCACCCAAGCAUCUACCUCAAUAGUUGUGUGUACGACUACUGCGCCACAAAUGGUGACCGUCACACCCUGUGCGAAUCUCUCAAGUCCUAUGCAGCAGCAUGCAGUGUUGCAGGAGUGGAGCUUCCCCACUGGCAGAUGGACACAGCCUGUGCUGACCCCCCAACAACUGCAACUCUUCCAACAUCUCCAGCUCCUACCUCUCCAACACCUGAUCAGCCUUUCUGCCCCAUAAACUGCGACUUUGAAAGAAAUUUAUGUGGGUGGGAGCAGCUAGUACAGGAUAGUUUUGAUUGGACAAGACACUCAGGACCCACCCCAACAAGCUUAACUGGCCCAAACCAAGACCACACCACUGGAGCUGGCUACUACAUGUAUAUUGAGGGAAACAGUGUAACCCACGGAGAUUCAGCUCGUCUGUGGAGCUCAAAUUGCCAUUAUAAUGGCCCACUCUGCCUGAACUUCUGGUACCAUAUGUAUGGUUCAGCCACUGCCAUGGCCCUCAAUAUCUACCUGCUCAAAGACAAAAAAGCUACCAAACUCUGGUCCAUGAGGAACAACCAGGGACCAGAAUGGCAUCUGGGAAAUGCUGACAUCAGAGUGUCUGGUCCAUUCCAAAUCAUAGUGGAGGGAAUUCGAGGCUCUACUGAUCAAUCAGAUGUGGCCAUUGAUGACAUUUCCAUCCACUUUGGGGCAUGCUCAGGUACCUUCCCUGGCCUGGGUGGUGGAACUGAACUUCCUCCCAUAACUACGGAAGUCCUUCCCUCACACUCAGUCUGCAAUAUGGACUGUAGCUUCGACAGCAACCUUUGUAGCUGGGAUCAAAUGAUCACAGAUGCUUUUGACUGGACAUGGCAAAGUGGUUCCACCCCCACCCUGAUGACUGGGCCCUCUGCUGACCACACUGGUGAUGGUCACUAUCUUUACAUCGAGGCCAGCAGUGUGACAUACGGAGACAUGUCUCGUCUUAUCAGCCCUGAGUGUUCUGACUCUGGUCCUCAGUGUCUGCAGUUCUGGUACCAUAUGUACGGCUCAGCAGACACAAUGGGCCUCCAUGUUUACCUGCUCCAGAACAGAUCCGCCCAUGCUGUUUGGAGGAAGCGAAAUGACCAAGGAAAUAUGUGGCACCUGGCUCAGGUGGACAUCACAACAACUGGAGCUUUCCAGAUCAUCUUUGAGGGGCGUAGAGGCUCCAAUGAAGAAUCCGAUGUGGCAAUAGAUGAUGUAAAGCUUUAUCGUGGACGAUGCUCUAAUCUGAGUGGUGUGGCAACAAACCCUCCGAGUGUCCCUGUGCCAACCACUGCAGCUCCACAGCCUCCUCUGGUCAAUGUCACAGCUCAGCUCCCUGAUACAGCUCCAGUUAACGGACCACUACCACGCUCAGUCUGCAAUAUGGACUGUAGCUUCGACAGCAACCUUUGUAGCUGGGAUCAAAUGAUCACAGAUGCUUUUGACUGGACAUGGCAAAGUGGUUCCACCCCCACCCUGAUGACUGGGCCCUCUGCUGACCACACUGGUGAUGGUCACUAUCUUUACAUCGAGGCCAGCAGUGUGACAUACGGAGACAUGUCUCGUCUUAUCAGCCCUGAGUGUUCUGACUCUGGUCCUCAGUGUCUGCAGUUCUGGUACCAUAUGUACGGCUCAGCAGACACAAUGGGCCUCCAUGUUUACCUGCUCCAGAACAGAUCCGCCCAUGCUGUUUGGAGGAAGCGAAAUGACCAAGGAAAUAUGUGGCACCUGGCUCAGGUGGACAUCACAACAACUGGAGCUUUCCAGAUCAUCUUUGAGGGGCGUAGAGGCUCCAAUGAAGAAUCCGAUGUGGCAAUAGAUGAUGUAAAGCUUUAUCGUGGACGAUGCUCUAAUCUGAGUGGUGUGGCAACAAACCCUCCGAGUGUCCCUGUGCCAACCACUGCAGCUCCACAGCCUCCUCUGGUCAAUGUCACAGCUCAGCUCCCUGAUACAGCUCCAGUUAACGGACCACUACCACGCUCAGUCUGCAAUAUGGACUGUAGCUUCGACAGCAACCUUUGUAGCUGGGAUCAAAUGAUCACAGAUGCUUUUGACUGGACAUGGCAAAGUGGUUCCACCCCCACCCUGAUGACUGGGCCCUCUGCUGACCACACUGGUGAUGGUCACUAUCUUUACAUCGAGGCCAGCAGUGUGACAUACGGAGACACGUCUCGUCUUAUCAGCCCUGAGUGUUCUGACUCUGGUCCUCAGUGUCUGCAGUUCUGGUACCAUAUGUACGGCUCAGCCGACACAAUGGGCCUCCAUGUUUACCUGCUCCAGAACAGAUUCGCCCAUGCUGUUUGGAGGAAGAGAAAUGACCAAGGAAAUAUGUGGCACCUGGCUCAGGUGGACAUCACAACAACUGGAGCUUUCCAGAUCAUCUUUGAGGGGCGUAGAGGCUCCAAUGAAGAAUCCGAUGUGGCAAUAGAUGAUGUAAAGCUUUAUCGUGGUCGAUGCUCUGAUCUGAGUGGUGGUGUGGCAACAAAUCCUCCAAGUGACCCUGUACCAACCACUGCAGCUCCACAGCCUCCUCUGGUCAAUGUUACAGCUCUGCCCCCUGUAGCAAAUGUCACCAUACCUCCCGCAGUGGAAGCAACAACUAAUGUCAUUAAUGACAGCAAUGUUACAGUAGCUCCAGCUGAUGGAAAACCACCGCACCCAGUGUGCCAACUCGACUGUAAUUUUGAACAAGAUCUCUGUCAGUGGAGUCAACUUCUUACGGACGUUUUUGAUUGGACAAGGCAUAGUGGCUCCACUCCCACUAUGAUGACGGGGCCGUCUUCAGAUCACACCACAGGAGGUGGUCACUAUCUUUACAUUGAAGCCAACAGCGCAUCAUAUGGAGACACGUCUCGUCUUAUCAGCUCUGAGUGUUCUGACUCUGGUCCUCAGUGUCUGCAGUUCUGGUACCAUAUGUACGGCUCAGCAGAUACAAUGGGCCUCCAUGUUUACCUGCUCCAGAACAACUUAGCCAAUGCUGUUUGGAGGAAGAGAAAUGACCAAGGAAAUAUGUGGCACCUGGCUCAGGUGGACAUCACAACAACUGGAGCUUUCCAGAUUAUAUUUGAGGGACGUAUAGGUUCCAACGAUCAGUCUGAUGUUGCUAUUGAUGACGUAUCACUUCACCGUGGGCAUUGUACAGACGUGGCCAAACCAACAAAACCUGCCCCAUCAACCUUCAAUCCAGUUGUAACAGAAGGUCCAGAGCGUCCUCCAGCCAACAGCCCAACUGCUGCACAACCACAAACAGCAACUUCAUCAAAACCACAACGACCAUCAACAACCACCGCCACAACAACAACCACCCCCACAACAACAGCAGCCACAACCAAUUGUGACACACAAACCCCUUCAAGGCCAGCAACAACUACAACUCCAAAAACUUCAAAUCCUAAUGUCCCAACAACAAAACCACAGCUACCAAUAACAUCAACAACAACAACCACAUCUGGACCCCACCCACCAGCAACAGAGCACCCAGGAGCUGAAACGUCAGAGCAACCAGAACCUGAAAUUACAGCUAGACCCCAAACAACAGCAGCACCAGAGCAACCAGCUAUAUCUACUAAUGAGCCACAAACCACAGCUGGACCCCACCCAACAACACAAUACCCAGGACUCGAAACUUCAGAGCAACCAGAACCUGAAAUUACACAUGGACCCCAAACAACAACAGAACCAGAGCAACCAGAUACAUUAUCUACUGAUGAGCCCCAAACCCCAGCUGGACCCCACCCAACAACAGAACACCCAGGACUUGAAACUUCUGAGCAACCAGAACCUGAAAUUACAGAUGGACCCCAAACAACAGCAGAACCAGAGCAGCCAGAUACAUCAUCUACUGAUGAGCCCAAAACCCCAGCUGGACCCCACCCAACAACAGCACACCCAGGACUUGAAACUUCUGAGCAACCAGAACCUGAAAUUACAGAAAACCCUCAAAUGACAACAAGACCAGGGCAACCAGCUACACCUAAUGAACCCCAAACCUCAGGUGGACCCCAACCCCAAACAACAGAAAGUCAAGAACCUACAGCUGGAUCACAACCACCAACCACGGCUAGACCACAACCUCCAACUACAGCUAGACCACAACCUCCAACUACAGCUAGACCACAACCUCCAACUGAAACUCAGCCACAAACAACCAUUAAACCACAACCACCAACUACAGCUAGACCACAACCUCCAACCACAGCUAGACCACAACCUCCAACUACGGCUAGACCACAACCUCCAACAGCUAGACCACAACCACCAACUACACCUAUACCAACACCAUCCUGCCCAGCGAACAGUCAUUACACCACAUGUAUCCCUACCUGUAGUCCAACCUGUACAUACCUGAAUGGCCCGCCUCGCUGCAGUGAUGAUGAUGGCUGUGUGCCAGGAUGUGUAUGUGAUGACGGUUUUGUACGGAGAGGGAGGGUUUGUGUGCCCAUCCAACAAUGUGGAUGUGUGGACAGGAAUGGCACCAAACAUCAUUUCAAUGAAGUGUGGUACACCGACCACUGUCGUCAGAAAUGUGAAUGUGAGAAAGACGAUGGCGUGGGGGAGAUUGACUGCGAUGACGAUGAUGAGUGCGAUGGAAAUGCUGUCUGUCUUCAAAAUGAGGAGGGCGAUUACUACUGCCAGUCCACAGGCUUCGGUGAGUGCAUCAUCACACGAGACCCAGAGUACAGAACCUUUGAUAAAAUGAAGCAUGACUUUGAGGGUGAGCACUCGUAUGUGCUGGUCCGAACCAACAACUUGCCAAAUAACCUUCUACACGUCUACAUCGAGGGCAUCAAUACCGCACAUGAUGACGAUGAUAGUCACCAUCAUGAUGACAGUAGCAGUGAAGAAGACCACAGUCGCAGAGUUAGAGAUGAAGAUGAAGAUGAUGACGAUGACGAUGAUGAUGACAAACAAGAUGACGACAGUGAUGAAAAUGAGGAACACCACAGAUUACAGGAGCUUAAGAUCAGAGUGUACGAUCACACCGUGGAGUUCAAGAAGCAUCGCAGGCUGAUGGUGAGUAUCAGGGGCAUUUUUAACACCACACUGCCUCCAUCUCAUUUUCCUUUGGCUCCUUUUCAGCAGACACACUAUUUUGUUCAUGGGAUAAUAUCAUCAUAUUUUUUGCCCACCCACAGGCAUUUGUGAAAGCGCUGAGGGAAA